GAAGGGAAUCAUUACGGCAUUUGAUUUCGUAGCAACACAAGCUCGUCUUAGAACAAAACCGAAGAAAAUAAAGUAGAAAGUAGUAGUUGAAAAUCAGUGCAAAGUCAAUCUAAUCAAAACCGAGAAAGAAGUUGUAUUAGUUCAAAUUUUUAAAACAAAAACGCCCAAAUAAAUUUCGCAUAAAAAUGGCAAGUGUUUGCAUGCCACAAACGGGUUACCAGCAACAUCAACAACAACACCAUUUUCAAAUGUUGAACGGCAACAUAAUGUUGCUACAAAAGGCGCAACACCAACAACAGCAACUGCAACAACAAAACCUCCACACCGCCGCCUAUCAACACAAGAAGCACCAGACCAUCGCACCCGCACCAAAAGUUUUGGGCAACAGCAAUCUUCACAACAUCCAAGUGGGUGCCGCAGGUGGUGUUGGUGGUGGCAUGUUGCCGCGCAAGAAGUACACCUACAUGAAUGUGCCGUACGGCGAGCAGCUGCCAUCGGUGGCACGUCGCAAUGCGCGCGAACGCAACCGUGUCAAGCAGGUGAACAACGGUUUUGCCAACUUGCGUCAGCAUCUGCCACAAACGGUGAUCAAUACGUUGUCGCAUGGUGGACGCGGCGCCAGCAAGAAGCUCUCCAAGGUGGAUACGCUACGCAUUGCUGUCGAGUACAUUCGCGGUCUGCAGGAUAUGCUCGACGAGUCACAGCCAGCCGAAAAUAAAUUUCAUGCCGGCACACUCUGCGAUGAGUCCAGCAACGAUGGCAGCAACUAUGGUUACUCCUCGAUGGGCAGUCCCAGUGAAGCCGCCUACAAUCAGCUGCAACAAUCCUAU